AUGGAACAGAUCGCGCAUAAGGCAACAAUCGUCGCGGUAAAUAAUCUCUUAUCGCAAACUAUCGGCAAUCAAGUUCCGAUGAACCUGUUGCCGCAUCCACCACCAUUUUAAAAUACUAACUUUCUCAUUCCAACCGGUCAACUAAUCAACCGAACAAUAUUGUAAAUAGGAAUCAACCAUCUAUUCAGAUACCAAAUGAUAUGACUCACAGUCGGACACUUCCGUCCCUAUUGAGAACAUCAGAGUCUUCUGCGGUUCCAGAUUUAGUAUCAUAUCGCAAAAAAUAUCUAGAAAGUAAUCCUAUAUUAGCACAUUCACCACUACACAAUGACAAAGCAUUGGAGGACAUUCUAUCCGAGACUUAG